AGCGGUUAAGCUUUAAGCCUCCCCCCCCCUAAACCCCGGAAAAACCUCAAGCCUUCCUCCUUCCCAAUUCCAAUCUUAUCGAUCUCCAGAACUCCCAUCAAAUCCAAUAACUAAAUGCGCUAUACAUUGACAUAUAUUGGAGUCCAAUGCGAACCAUUAGCAGAGUGUUCAUAAUAGGGAAUGGCGUGGCUGGUGCAGAAAAUCAGUGCUUCGGUUUGGUUCGAGCUCUGGGCUUAUCCCAUCGUCAAACACUCUAUCGAGUUAUUAGGCCACAAGGAGAUAUUAACAAGCGACUUCAAUGGUUACCUGUUUCUCUCCACAAAAAGUUAGAAAAUGUCAGAAAGUUGAUUUCUAAAGAUUCACUACCGACUCAAAUUGCAGGUAGAGGACAGAGAUUGAUGCCUCUUCCUGCUGAAAGACAGGUUGUUUCAGAUAUCCCAGAAGCUGAUGCAAAACAUAUUGCAACACUGGCAUGUGAAGCAUUUGCCAAGGAUGGUCCAUCAUUAGUUGUUGCAUCAGGUCGUGAUACUAUCUCCAUUUCAAGCUCAAUAAAACAGUUAGCUCCAGAAUAUGUUUUCGCUGUCCAGAUUCAACAUCCCAGAUCACGUCUAAAUAGGUUUGACCUAGUGAUAACACCUCGUCAUGAUUAUUAUCCUUUGACACCAGAGGGACAAAAGCAAAUUCCUUGGCUUCUUCGAAGGUUGAUAACACCUCGCACUUCUCCCGAGAGACACGUGAUCCUGACCGUCGGAGCCCUUCAUCAAGCUGAUUCUAAUGCACUGAAAGAUGCAGCUUCCACUUGGCAUGAUGAGUUGGCACCUUUACGGAGACCUCUGCUUGUGGUUAAUGUUGGAGGGCCUGCAGGUCAUUGUAGAUAUGGUACUGACCUAGCACUGGAGCUAACAGCCUUGCUGCUGAAUGUUAUUCCGACCUGUGGGAGCAUCAGAGUAUCUUUUUCUCGUAGAACUCCUUGUAAGGUCUCAGAUAUCAUACGGAAAGAACUUGGAAAUCAUCCUAAAGUUCACAUUUGGAACGGUGAAGGUCCAAAUCCGCAUAUGGGGCAUUUGGCUUUUGCAGAUGCUUUUGUUAUCACUGCUGACUCGGUUAGUAUGUUAAGUGAGGCUUGCAGUACAGGGAAACCUGUUUAUGUAAUUGGUGCUGAGCGAUGCACAUGGAAAUUCAGAGACUUCCAUCGAUCCUUGAAGAAUCGAGGCGUGGUUCGUCCAUUCACUGGAAAAGAAGAUAUAUCUGAAAGUUGGAGCUACAGUCCCCUGAAUGAUACUAAGGAGGCUGCUGCCCAAGUGAUUAAGGCACUAGCUGAACGUGGAUGGAGAUUGCCAGCAUAAUUUGUUUUCAACUUCAGGAGCGUCAGCCUUGAUAGUGACAUACUAACAAGUUUUGCUCCCUGAAAUACUGUUGCAGGAAAGAAAGGGGGGAGGAAGUUUAUUGAUUUACUAUCCUUAGGAGAAGUAUGUAUUCUGCUCGUUUGGCUGUUUGGUUGUUUACUUACAGUUUAAAAGGAUUAAUGUAGCAGUUUAGGGUGCCUCUCAGGCCUCAGCUUCUUAUACUUCCUGAGAAACAAGGGAAAUAUUUAUUACCCCUCCUCUUUCACUUCCUAAUUCCACACCUUGUUAGUGUAUCUAUUUCACCCUAUCCAAUUAUAGGUUAUUUUUGUUAGAAUUGGCUUGCUCUAGGUCAGCCAAGUCUAGGUUAUUUUUGCAUCUCAAAUUCAGUUAAGUCCUGGCAAUUCUUGUAUAUCCCUUGAUUAUCAUCACUGGACAGUACACAAGAUUAUUAUGAGUGUCCUCUUUAUUUUAUUGA